GAUAUAGCGAAUGCAGGGUCCGGGGAGAGCGGAUAUAGCGAAUGCAGGGUCCGGGGAGAGAGCGGAUAUAGCGAAUGCAGGGUCCGGGGAGAGCGGAUAUAGCGAAUGCAGGGUCCGGGGAGAGCGGAUAUAGCGAAUGCAGGGUCCGGGGAGAGCGGAUAUAGCGAAUGCAGGGUCCGGGGAGAGCGGAUAUAGCGAAUGCAGGGUCCGGGAGAGCGGAUAUAGUGAAUGCAGGGUCUGGGGAGACCAGAUAUAGUGAAUGCAGGGUCUGGGGAGACCGGAUAUAAUGAAUGCAGGGUCCGGG